AUGGCAUCGUCAUCUACAUGUAUCUCACUGGCCGAUUUGCCCACUCUCACGCUCCUCUACCACCGGCGCCAGCUCACACCCUCCGCGGAGCCUGCCGCAGAUGCCAACGCGAAAUGGAACGACACCGUUUCCCUCGUCCAGGUCGAUAUCACGAAGCUGGGAGUCGACGCCAUCGUCAACGCUGCGAAUAAGUCCCUCCUAGGCGGCAGUGGUGUGGAUGGCGCGAUCCAUCGUGCUGCAGGCCGCGAGCUGCUCGAGGAAUGCCGCACUCUCGACGGCUGCGACACUGGCUCAGCCAAGAUCACAAAAGCGUACGGGAACCUGCCAUGUCGUUAUGUCAUUCAUGCUGUGGGACCAGUCUACCGACGUCAAGGCCUUGCGGAAGAGGACGGCGGAGAUGGAAGCAAUGCGAGGUUGCUGCGAGGAUGCUACACCACGAGUCUCGACCUGGCUGCCCAGCAUGGCCUUAAAAGCAUCGCUUUCAGUGCUCUGAGCACUGGCAUCUAUGGCUACCCGAGUGAUGAGGCUGCCGAGGUGGCCAUUGGCGCGGUGAAACGCUGGUUGGAGGCAGACGUGGAGAGGGCAGGCAAGAUCGAGCGCAUUGUGUUUUGCCAAUUCGUGAACAAGGAUCAACACGCAUACGAGGAGAUUGUGCCGAAAUACUUCUCGUCGGAUACUGCACCUGCGGAUGAAUCAAAUGCCGAGAAGACAGAAGGAUCAGACAAAGAGCAGAGAGAAGACCAAGCUGCCGCUCAGUCCAAGUCUACUGAGCUUGCUUCGGGGUCGAUUUUGCCGGACCUCCCAAGUGUACCGACCCAAGAGCCCAAGCAGCCUGACGAGCCCGAGUCUAAGCGACAAAAGACCGACCAGUCUGCAAUGGUCCAGCCGAACUGA